AUCAUCUCCCCCCUUUUAUUCCUGAAAAUGGCUCCUCCUGCCGCCUGUCCCAACGAGAACGAGGCGUCCACGUUAAGCUUAUACUCACCUUUCGGAUGCUUCCAACGAACGAUCUGAAGUAAAGGUCUUCUGUAGAUGAAAUUUGGAGCAAUUAACUCCUCCUGAUACAGAUAAGUUUCAAUUUCUCUUCUUUUAAUUUUAGUAAAAUUAGCAGACCAGAGCUGAGUGUGAUGUUUAAUCUGGUAAAUCAAAACUUCUUUCGUUGGUAAGGAAGAUGAACCCCACACAUGAGAAGAGUAGGCUUUCCAAAUGAACCAACAAAUAAUACCCGGUAAAUUGUGUUUAAACAGAUCUCCCAUAGUUUUAGAGCCAGCUUCCAACCACCAAUGAACAAAGACUUGUCUCCCCUGAGGCUGGCCCCUUGGAUUUGGAAUAUUAAAAAUAUUCAUGAAGUAGGACCAAAUCUGUUUUGAAAAAGAACACUGAAAGAAGAGAUGGUUAAUUGUAGCAUAGUUGUUCCGACACAUGGGGCACAUAGAAGGUCUAAUGACCAAAUUAAAUCUUUGUAAAUUGUCAGUAAUAGGCAGACAAUUAUGCAGAAGCUUCCAAGUAAAAAUCUUGAUUUGCAUUGGUUGUUUUUUGUGCCAUAUAUGCCUAUGAGUAAAAGUUGGAGAAAAGACUGCUCUAAUCUCAUUGUAAGCUGAAGAUAAUGAGAAAUGCCCAUCAUUUGCAGGAUUCCAGGUUACCUGACCCUCAUCAGUCUCUGCAUAGAGAUUUUGAGCAACUGGAUUAAUGUGACAAAGCCUUCUCCAGAUGGCUGAAUCAGUAACCUUAACUGUCAUAUCUUCCCUGGGAUAUCUAGCUCUGAAGAAAGAUGACCAUAAAGAGAUCCCCAGAGGAAUGCAGCCAUUUUUUUCUCUAGAAUGGUAAUCACCUUUCUAGGUAAAAGGUCCACAGCCAGAAUGUGUAAAGGGAUAGAGUUCAGAACAUGACAAAUUAAAAUUAACCUACCUCCUUGAGAAAGAUGCUUCUGCUUCCAGGAAGAUCUCAUCAGUAUCAACCUCAGGUUCAACAGAGUACAGAUUUGAGAAAUAGUUCACUGCAGCUUGUCCAAUCUCUGGAUUGUUUGGACCAGACCUUGAAGCAAGAGCAUCCAACAAUAGGGAGUCCAGAAUCUCACCUCUUGCCUUUAACAUGAUGUCCACCUUACUACUGAUGGAAGCCUUUUCUGGAUCAAACUCCAACAAUUUUUGUAUCUCUGGAAUGCAUUGAUCAUCCUGGGAUUCAUGGAUCUCUUGUAGAUUGUAGGUGAAGUAAAUGCAAUAGCCCCCGGAGGGUCUUCAUGGAAGACUUCUUCAUCAUCAGAGUCAGUAGGAGUGGUAGUUUUUGGACCAGCUGUUGGUUCAAGUAUUGGAUUGAUCGCCAACACCUUUGGAAUAUAUUUAUUUUUCUAAUGUUCAUUUCCUUUUCCAGUUUCUGUAAUAACAACACCCUUUUGCUUUUCUCUGUAACUAACUGCUGUAGUCUUAGGAUAAUCACCUCCCUUGUCAUUCCCACCUGAAAUCUGGCCAUUGCCUAGACUAGCAUUUUUAGGGCACUUAGUCUUAUCAUGUCCCAGGUGGAGACAUGAUAUACAAUAGGAUGGCCUAUUUUCAUACACCACAUGUUGAAUAAAACCAUUUUUACCAGAUUGGACUCAAAUCUUACUAGGCAUUUCCUUAGUAAGAUCGAUUUCAACACAAACCCUAGCCACCCAUGGUUUUGAGAGGCUUGAAGUAGCUGCAUCCAAUUUCAGCGGAUUGCCAAUUAGUCUAGCAAUGUCAAACAGCGCUCUUUUAUCAUGUAAAUGAAUUGAUAAUCCCUCAAACGAUAGCCAAACCGGCACCACGGGUGAUUCAACAUUAGGUCUAAAAUCAGUAGACCAUUUAGUGACUCGCAUAAUGCUACCAAAUAUGUCCCAUGUUUGUCUAUUCCAGCAUCUUAAAUAAUCCUCCUCCAUUUCAAAUCUAAUGAGAACAUGUUUUUUCUCUAAUAGCCCAAGAUGAAAUUUUCCUUUGAAGCCAAUAAUUUCAAAAGACUUACGCAGUGUAGCCAAGGAAGGCCGAUCCUUGAAAAAGUAACCCACCAGAGAAUUUUUAUGUUUAGCAGCCAGAAUUUCCACAUCCGAUUCAGAAAAAGUCACCGCUGGCAAUCCUUUGAACUUGGAAUGACUGGCUGCCUUAAUUGGUUCUGACGCAAUACCCAUCAACGCAGAAGCAAAUGAUUUCCUCCCACCGUCUGGAGGCAUAGGCGGCGGCUGAGCCGCCGUAGAAGUUGAAGCCAUCGAACCCCUACCCUCGCCAAAACCUAGCUCUCCGUUAAUCUACUCCCUCCUUUCCUAAAUAAACUUCCAACUUUCUUUUUUCGUCUGUUCCAAUUCAAACUUCCAAUUUCCCUUUUUAGUAAAGAAUUUGUGAUUCAUGACAUUUCUUACGCAUUUCUGUCUCCUCUGCACAACUCUCCACCACACAAUACUCACUAUCUUAAACUGUGUGUCAAACCUAUUUGGAUGUUUUAAUAGGAACGGAGGGAGUAUAUACUAAAAGAGGUCAUAUAUUUGUCCAAAUCCUUUUAAUUAGUACUCUCUAUCCCAAAUUGUAAGACAAUUUACGAUUUACGAUGUUUGACCGACGAUAGAGCAAAUCGAUCUAUGUCCGCACUCAAAUUAUUUCUAGAAAAAAAGAAUUACAUACUAUCGAUUUGGUUCAUUGUCCAUACUUUGAAUUAGCAAAUUUGGUUCUGUCAGUACUCAAAUUUGGUUCAUUGUCCAUACUUUGAAUUAGCAAAUUUGGUUCUGUCCGUACUCAAAUUUGGUUCAUUGUCCAUACUUUUAAUUAGCUUUUAAUCGAUCAUUGUUCAUACUUUGAAUUAGCAAAAACUACAUUAAAAGCUUUACAAAGUCGUAAAAACCAGAACUAAAUUUGAUAAAAAUUUGAUAUAUAAUAAUGUAAGAGAUUAAAGUGAUUUAGGUUGGUGAAGUGAAUAGGAAAAGUAUACUCGCCUAACCCCUUUUGUAUUUUAUUUAUCCAUCAAUAACAUUACAUGUUUUUUACACGGAUAACAUACAUGCAAACAUGCAAUGCUUGAUGAGUUGAUGCUUAUAGUGUCCAUCACAACGAUCACAUCGCACUACGUAUAUUUCAUCCUUUGCUUGUUACGUAUAUUUAUUAUUCGUUCUUUUUUAUUAGUGUAUUUAUAUAUAUACACAUCAUGGAUCUCAUGAAUUGAAAUCUAGCUUAGCAGAUAUGAUCAUAUGAUGAUGAUGAUGAAGCCAAAUACUUGGAUCCUUCUGCUUCUAGCAGCUCUAUUCUGUGGAAUCCUUUUUGCACAUGAGACCUCGUCCCAUGAUCAUUACGCGCGGAAAUAAUGUGGUUGGGUGCAAAAGGAAACGAGUUUUUGGAACCGGGAGGUACUCCGCAUCAUUCAUUCAACAGUUAGAGUCAGCUGAUCAUCAAAGAUGUUGUUCAUCAUCACGGCGUGUGUAUGAGUUUUGCAUCUAUUGGGAUGAACAAAUGAGAAAAUGGUUAUCUUCUCAAGGCCAUGAGUGUCCAUCGGCAAUGCCUCUUGUGGAUGAAAGUUUGAUGUACGAAAACCCUGAUUCACAUCCUAAGACUUUUGAAGAUACAUGGCUUUCGUUUUUUAAAUCCCAUGGAAUUGAUGCAGAAGGCUUUUUCCCACAAACAGAUUUCUCUUCUCAAGGGUCCCAAGAAUCAAACGAACCUUCUAUGUCCCAAUAGAUAUAUUGUUUUUGCAUUGAAAAGCUUGUACACUUAAGUAUAGACAACUGAAUAUGGUGUAUGCUAUUUUGUGAUUUUUCUGUGGUACAUGAACUUGGUACUAGUAAGGAUCUUUUGGGUUAUAUAUUAUCAUAUAAGAAGAUGC